AUGAACGUCAUUCUAACUGUCUUGUUACUUGCCAUUGGCAUGAACGUUCAAACAUGGGCAGUUUCUGUCGUACCAACAAAACCAAUAGUAUGCGGACAAUGUGAUCCAAACAAAUGUUCAAUGACAUUAGAUAAAGAAUGUUUGGCUGGUUUAUCAUUAGAUGUUUGCGGUUGCUGUCAAGUUUGUGCUCAACGGGAGCGUGAAUUGUGUGAUCAUCCAGAUGUUUCAUCAGCAAAAAAGUACGGUUCAUGUGGUGAAAAUCUUGAAUGCAGAAUUCGUUCAGGAACAAAAACACAUCAAGAAGCAUCGUGCGAAUGCACUGAUCAAAUAGAAUUAUGUGGUUCCGAUGGUAAAACAUAUCGAAACUAUUGCCAUUUAAUGGAGUCGGCAAAACUAGCCAAAGCUGAACAAAAAUCAAUUAUUAAAGUUUCUAAACGAAAACCAUGCGAUUCACCACCUGAAAUUACCGUGCCACCGGUAAAUGUUGUUAAUCAAACAGGUAGCAACGUGUUUUUAUCAUGUGAAGUUGCUGGUGUACCGUUACCAGUUGUAGAGUGGAUCUAUCAAGCAACAAAUGGAAAAACGAUUGUUUAUCCAACCGAUGACGAUCGCAUAUCGACACUUGUUCGAGGUGGUCCAAAUGCUCAUGUUUUAACUUCGUGGCUCCAGAUUCAAGCUCUUCAAAGCACGGAUCAAGGAGUUUAUACUUGCAUAGCAACAAAUGCUUUAGGAAAAUCAGAAAAAACAGCAUAUGUAAAAGUUGAAAGUCGUCAUGAUUUGUGA